AUGGUUGGAUCGAAUAAAUUGGGUGAUGAAGAUUGGUCUAUAAUUUCCUCGUCAUCGGAUAUAGAAGAUGAUCAAUCAACCGCUAGUUCUAAUGAAGAGAGAAGAAAUAGUGAACAUAAUCAAGAUACUGUUUCAAGCUUGGCUACAUUGAAAAUACCUACAAUUGUGUCGACGAACGAAAACGAGCUUAUGGAUGACAAUGUUUCAACUUCAUUCUCAUCCUCGGAAGACGAGGAAAGCUCUAAUCAGGAGACUAAACCAAAGAAAGUUGCUAGUAUUGUCAAUUUUUAUGAGAGCUUGCUUCGCAUUAAUGAUUCGAUUAAACUUAAUUCGAAUAAUUUUUAUCAGAAUAUAGCAAAGUCGAGGUUUACUCGGUUAAAUAAUCUAAUCCAACCAUCAGUUGAGAACGUGAAUUCUUCUGGAAUAUAUCCUACUAAAGAGGUUAAUCAGGAUAUUCCUCCUACUCAUUCAAGCUUCUGCUCAAGUCUUUACAAAGUCCAAGACAAAUUAGUCUUUUUUGUAGGGCGUCAAGCAGAAUCUUUAGAUGAACUAAUGGAACAAUAUGCAGAAUACAUCUUAUACUAUUUAAUGGGUCUCAUGGUAGUAAUAAUGGCAAUAAGUGGUUUAUAUUUCUCCAGCUUUGUUUCCUCGAUUUUUCACACUACAACGUUACAUAAGGCCAAGAGUCCUUAUGGCGAUGCGUAUGACAAGUUCGUGGACUUUUGUACGAAUGUACUCUAUGAGAAGCCCCAAACAAAGACAUUUGGGUUCUUCAGUUUGAAGUCCUCGUCUAGACCCUUAAAGAUAAUAAGAAUUUCGAAAAAUUUGAGAGAAAAAAUUUUCACUUAUCAUACGGUGCUAGCAUCGGAGAUUUGGGUUCAAGUUAGAGCGUUAGAAAAUAAUUGGUCCUCAAUAUUCGUUCGCCAAUAUUUUGAAAAUGUCUUGAACUAUUACUAUAAAGUAAAGCGGGAUAUUUUUAUUCUUGUAUGCAAUAUUCCCUUUGAAAAGAUCUACUCUGCUGCUUUAGAAGAGAGUAAAAAUCUCCUAGUGACUACACGCAAUUCUUUACUUUUAGCUAAAAUGUCUGUGGAACAAAAUGCUGACUUUUUGAAAUCCAGAUGCAAAAAUUUUGCUGAAUACUGUAAAUUAAACUUGGAUGACACUGCAGUAUUUGUAUACCAAGGAGGACAAUCGUUGGUAAGUAGCUUCAGGCAUUAA